AUGAGAUGCGUUUAUCGUUCUAAUGGUCAAAAUCACAACACACUUAUAUUUCGCAGAGUUUUGAGUCCUUUCCACAGUACUUUCUGUCAGAUAUCGCAAUUGGCUUGCGUCUACCGUUAUUAUGGUAGUUGCACAGUCGUUUUACGGCAGUCCUGGGCAAUGAAUUUUAUCCGUCCGUGGAUGUGUAACAAGGAUAAUUGUCGUAAAGUAAAUGGUGAAUUCCGAACUUCUUGCGAAGAAUGUGCAACUGCAAAGCCAAAUCUCCUCGGUUGGAAAUGCGUUAAAUGUCAGAUGAAGAAUCACCGUGGAGUGAAGAAGUGCAAAUCCUGCGGGGAAUCGUUUGAAGCGAGUAAAGAUUUUUGGAUGUGUGCAGCUUGUGGUGAAAACAAUCGAGUUGACGAGAUAGAAGACAAUAGCAGGUGCGGGUAUUGCAGUUAUGACAUGGCUCCGCUCUCAUCAUUUGGGCAAAAGUCUGAAGAACUUUUACAAAUGCGUGCCCAAGAAAACCAGCAACGCCAAGAGGCCUUCGACAGUAUAAGCGCAGAGGAUGCCGAUGAACAGUUCGGUGACGUACUGAGUGGGCAUGAGAUGUUACCUACUGAGCUGAAGACCGCUGCCUAUUCGAAUAGUAUUCUAAACGUGAAAAAAUUGCCUCUGGAAGAAAUCAAACCCUUUACGGUGAAACUGCCAGAGACGGCCCGUUCCUAUCUCUUUCGCCGAUCCAAACCACUCGACAACGCCUUAAAGGGCGGCAUCCCACCAGGACCUCCUGGGUUUGACUGGAUGUGCCGUGUGCGGACUUGUGGUCACACAAAUCCUGGUGAUGAGGAAAACUGCAUGAAAUGUGGCCAACACAUAACUCCGUCCGAGUGGGAAUGUCAGCAGUGUGCAGCCUUGAAUCAUCUUUCACGGGCACGUUGCUUCAACUGUUUUGGAUACAUCCCGAUACACUGGACCUGUGAGCAGUGCCAGACACUUACAAGUGUCUACGAGAAAGCUUGUCGGCAGUGCGGGGUCGAAAAAACUCCACAGCAACCACGAAACCCAAGUGAUAUUCAAGGAACUUUUGGCAGUGGUCGUCAUAAUAAACGGGAAUCAAAUCCUCCUAUGCGGAGCGAUUGGUACUGUGAAAAGUGUGGUUGCAUGAAUUUUUCGCGACGGAAUGAAUGCUUUGGAUGCAAGACGCCGCGUGAUAUCUUUGAGGACAAUACUUCACAGAUGAAUCCGUACGCGCCUAGCACGGCCACGUUGAAUGCCAACACAAACCAUCAGAACUGGUCUUGCCCAGGGUGUCGUGCGGCCAAUUUCAGGACGCGUACCACUUGUUGGAAAUGCGGCGGCCAGGCACCGUCUGUGAUCACAUGGGCGGCAGAGUCGCACACACCACAUUUCGAACAGGAAGGUUUUUUGAAGGAUGAAGUCGAUGCCCGACCGACAGAGGGUGCGAUGAAUUCCUGGAAAAAAUCAGACGAUUGGGUUUGUGCUAAGUGUUUCGCAAAGAACUUCCGGUCGAAGGUCGAAUGUUUCAAGUGCGGUUCACCAAAAUCAAUGGCGGUUGCACCGCGUCGUGCGUCUGUCCGAAAGCCGGUUAAAUUAUGA